AGUAAAUAUCCGUGUAAAGCAUGGUGCCGGUGAUCCUGUUAUACAGGACGUGAUGAUGAGUCGGAGCAGCUUAUGUUUCUGAUGUUUUACUUGUAACGCGUUCGGUUAUUUCACAUUUAUAUCGCGAUACAGUGGAGAAAUGAGAUUACUGUUCCUAGCGUGUCUCAGUCCCAAAACCGGGAACUGCACCACUGCUGAGAGGAUAAGGGAUCACAUAGAGGGCGCAGGGCAUGUCUGUGUGCUCCGGGACACCAGCGAGUUCAGCUUGGCUUCUGAGGUUACGCUACUGAUGCGUCAAGACCAAGAAGCGUUCGAUGCAGCGCUGGCGAUUCAUCUGUUUAAAGGAGGACGGCUCCUAUUAGAUGCAGGGCUGCCUUUCGGAGUGGUGUUCGGAGGAACGGACAUCAACGAGGACGUGAAGGACGGACACAAGCGAAGCGUCAUGGAGGAUGUUCUGCACAGAGCCAGGUUCGCUGUGGCGUUCACGGAGGAGAUGAAGCAGAAAGCUAAGACUUACUUGGAGUGUGACGUGAGUAAGAUCCACGUGCAAGCCCAAGGGAUCGAGACGAGCGUGAGCGCUCACUUCAGCUGGUCGGAGUUCUUACACACGGCAGGAGUGUGUGUGGAUCGAGUAGAUGACCUACGCGUCUUCCUGUUAGUGUGUGGACUUCGAAAAGUGAAGGACCCCCUCUACCUGCUGAAUGCCUUCUCAGAGUGGCAUUCCCAGAAUCCUCGGGUGAUCCUUAUCAUCAUCGGUCCAAAGAUCGACCCUGUACUUAGCAAAGAAGUUGAAGAGUGUGUGAAAAGAUGUGCCGGAGUGUUUUUAGCAGCGGAGAGGAAUCAGGAGGAACUCCACGCCGCCAUGAGGAACUCCUUCGCUGUGGUCAACUCGUCUGUCUCUGAAGGCAUGUCCGCCGCCAUAUUAGAGGCCAUGGAUUUGCGCGUGCCGGUGUUAGCGAGGGAUAUUCCCGGGAACGCGGCGAUCGUCCGACACGAGCACAGCGGGCUGCUCUACUCGUCCCCCGAGGAGUUCGUGCUUCUGUCUAAGAGACUGCUGAGUGACGAGGAGCUUCAGGAGACCCUGAGAACCAACGGUAAACGCUACGUUAUGGAGAGACACGACCCUGCGAGAGAGAGGACGACGUACCAGGAGCUGGUGAAAAAACUGCAGUAGUUAAAGAACUUCAGAGCAGCUUCACUGCUUUCCUGGUUUCUUAAAUCUUAGUUCAAGGAGAAUAUUUUAAAGUUCACAUUUUCACUUUACACACAUGAUGGCUUUGAUACGGGUCAAAGGAACAAACAUCACAUACGUUAGAUUUUUAGGGAUGAUGUGUUAAUCUGUUAAUAAUAACCAAUGCUUUAUAUUAAGCAUUAGUUUAAUUGCAAAGAUCAACUGCUUUUUGAAGUAAAUAAAUUAGGUUUUUUAUAAAUGCUCUGUUUCAUUGCACUAGGAAAAGAUUUUCUUUUUAUGUUUACAUUGCAGGAAAGGAAUUGUUGUCUAAGCUAAUAGUUUAGCUAUUUCAGCAGCUUGGAUCACCAUUACUGCCACUUUAGAACUCUACAAAGAGUUUAUAAAACCGUACACCAGGGUCUAUUUCAUCCUGUCUAGCUCUAAAGACAAAACAAAGAUCAAGAUCAAAUAAAAAAUCAGACAUAAUUACCCACAUGACUUGGUGCUAAUAUUACGUUUUAGAAUAUUUUAGUUGUUGAAAUCUUCCGUUUAUAUCUUAAGUA